ACAAUAAUUAGCUAAACAGUGAAUUUUUCCGUUUGUUCGUUCGUUUAUGUGCGUAUGUGUGUAGUUGCGUGAAUCCUUCACGGUGCCACAGCGUAAAUUGUAAACAACAACAGACAUUAGGAGCGUGUCCAUUCUCGUGUGUCCAGCGCGCUGUUUGACAGUUCCGCUUCCAGUUGGUGGUACCGUUUUUUUUUUUUUGGAGCCUUCUUUCGCUCUCCCUUUGCUUGUGUUGCUGUUGCGCUCCUUCGCUAAACACGCACACAAAGGCACGCGACCGGGAGAGAAUCCUUUGCCGUGGUGUGGUGUACUCGCUUGCUCGCUCUCGCCCACACACCGAUGGGGCCGGAAGCAGAACUGUCAGUUCGGUUUCGUUUGUGUGUGAAGUUCGUUGCAGUGAACGUCGCUACGGAGUGCGUCUCGGAUUUUGGCCAAUUUUUCGCGUGAAAAGUGAUUGUGAACCGUGUGAAAAGUGUAACAGCGUGUGUCGGAGUGUGUCCCCUGCUGAAAUGAAGCCAAUUUGGGUGUGAAACAUCGACCAUACAAGUGUUCACGGGAGGAUAAAAAGUUAUAUCCCGUAGAGCCACGGAGUCAAACGGUGGACGGUGGAUCUGCUUAUCAACGGUUUGCUGCGGAUGUUGUCCCCGGAAGGGCUAUUUGUGCGCAUGAUAAUAAUACAAACAGUGGUCUAGUGUGUGAGUGUAUGCGUUGGUUAGUGAAGUGUGCAGCACCGUAGCUUGGUGAGGUGUGGCGGCAGAGCCUAGCCAGAAUUGAACCUGCUGAAAACGACGGAAAAUAGAGCGGGGAAAUUCAGCCACAAAAAAAACAGCAAUCGAACGUUCCUGACCUGUUCCACGUGUUUGGACUAAGUCGGUAGUAUCCGCGUAACUUUCGGUGUUUCGUUGACGUGUUGCGUGUGUAUCUGUCCGCGUGUGUACAUGCACGCUAAUUAGUGUGCUACCCGUGGUACGUGUACAACUAAGGCACCUGCAGCUUUAUGUGAGCCAUUUUUGUUGUGAAAAUUGUAUCCCGAUUCGUGUGUGUAUGUGUGUGAUUUUUAAGCAUUUGCCAUAGUUGGUGUUCUGUGUGUUCUGUGUGCGGGUGUGUGCAUUUUGGAAAGGUCCUUGGUGAAGAAACCCCCCGCAACAAAGGGAGUGCGUAAAAUCAACAAAGGUGUAACGCGUGCAGAGACGGGUUCAGAUUCAUUUUUUCCCUCUAGCCUAAACAUGCCGGUGCCGCAACAACGCAGGAAAGAACCGAUGGCCCAGUUUUUAGGUGUACUGCAGCUCCACUGGCUGGCGUUGCUGGUUGGCAUCGUUAUCGGUAUCGGGUUGGCUGCGGCCAUAACCGAGGAGCUUUCACCAGAUCAUGUCCGGGAGUUUCAGUGUGGGAAGUUCUACUACAGAACUUUUUACCUGGACGAGGAACGGGAUGCUCUCUACGUGGGUGCAAUGGAUCGUGUGUUUAAGCUGAACCUGAAAAAUGUCAGCAUGACGUCAUGUGAGCGUGACACCAUCGUGUUAGACCCGACCAGCUCGGAUAUACGCAACUGUGUCUCCAAAGGCAAAAGCGAGAUGUUUGAUUGCAAGAACCAUAUCCGUGUGAUUCAACCCAUGGACAGUGGUAACCGGUUGUACAUCUGUGGCACGAAUGCACACAACCCGAAGGAUCUGGUGAUUUAUUCAAAUUUAACGCAUCUGCCACGGUCGGAGUAUGUGCCCGGGAUUGGGCUGGGUAUAGCAAAAUGUCCCUACGAUCCGUACGACAACUCAACAGCCAUUUACGUGGAACAAGGAAAUCCUGGUGAUUUGCCAGCAUUGUACUCCGGAACGAACGCCGAAUUUACCAAGGCCGACACGGUGAUAUUCCGCACCGAUCUGUACAACAUGACAACUGGCAAGAAGGUGUUUAACUUCAAGCGUACCCUGAAAUACGACUCCAAGUGGCUUGAUAAGCCCAACUUUGUCGGUUCGUUCGACAUCGGUGAGCACGUGUACUUCUUCUUCCGGGAGACGGCGGUCGAGUACAUCAACUGUGGCAAGGCGGUCUACUCGCGUGUGGCACGCGUCUGCAAGAAGGACACCGGUGGCAAGAACAUCCUCAACCAGAACUGGGCGACAUACUUGAAGGCGCGCAUCAACUGUAGCAUCUCGGGCGAGUUUCCGUUCUACUUCAACGAGAUCCAGGACGUGUACCAGCUGCCCACGGACAAGACCAAGUUCUACGCCACCUUCACGACCAGCACGAACGGUUUGGUCGGGUCGGCCGUCUGUAGCUUUGACAUCAAUGAAAUACAUGGCGCAUUCGCUGGAAAAUUCAAGGAACAAGCCUCAUCCAACUCGGCCUGGCUGCCGGUACUGAAUUCAAAGAUUCCCGAACCACGGCCGGGUACGUGCGUCAAUGAUACGUCCACCCUGCCCGACUCGGUGCUCAACUUUAUCCGGUCCCACCCACUGAUGGACAAGGCGGUCAACCACGAGCACAACAAUCCGGUCUACUACAAGCGCGAUCUCGUCUUCACCAAGCUGGUCGUUGACAAGAUUAAAAUCGAAAUUCUCAGCCAAGAGUACACGGUGUUCUACAUCGGCACGAAUGCGGGUCGUAUCUACAAGAUCGUCCAGUAUCUGCGCAAUGGUGAAUCGAAAUCGAAACUGUUGGACAUUUUCGAAAUUGCACAGAACGAAGCGAUUCAGGUGAUGGAACUUAGCCAGAAGCGCAAAUCACUGUACGUCGCCACGGACUACCGGAUCAAGCAGAUCGAUCUUGCCAUGUGCAACCGGCGGUACGACAAUUGUUUCCGAUGCGUGAAGGAUCCGUACUGCGGUUGGGAUAAGGAUACGAGCACGUGCAAACCGUACGAACCGGGACUACUGCAGGACGUUGGUAACGAGACGUACGAUAUCUGCGACACGAGUGUGCUGAAGAAGAAAAUUAUCGUUACUUACGGGCAGAGCGUCCAUCUUGGUUGCUUCGUCAAGAUUCCGGAGAUACUGAAGGAUCAAACCGUUACGUGGUAUCACCACUCGAAGGAGAAGGGCCGCUACGAGAUUAAGUACAAUCCGACCAAGUACAUCGAGACGACCGAACGAGGUUUGGUGGUAAUUUCGGUAAACGAAGCUGACGGUGGACGGUACGAUUGUCAUCUGGGAGGAUCGCUGCUGUGCAGCUACAACAUUACCGUCGAUGCGCAUCGAUGCACACCACCGAAUAAAACGAACGAUUACCAGAAAAUCUACUCGGACUGGUGUCACGAGUUCGAGAAGUACAAAUCGGCUAUGAAGACCUGGGAGAAAAAGCAAGCACAAUGUUCGCGACAGAACUACAGCAAUCAACAUCCCAACGACGUUUUCGCACGAACACCCAACGUCUGAUCUUAAGGCGUCCCAGGCAUGUAAAAAGAUAGUUUGCGAAGCACGCGAAUGUCGUUUAACAACCCGAGAUAAUACUCUUUGUACGCGCUAGCCCCCAAAAGCGCACCAAAACCACACCAGAAGAACUGAUCUAGUAGUGUAAAGUAUUAAAAACGGAGAAAUGAAAAUGAAUUUUUUUUUAAGCAUGCACUAUACCGACGGCACACACUCAUGCAAAACCGUAAAAAGCAGUAAAACAAUAACUAACAAACAAAAUCGACAUAUUAAAGGACACCUACACACACACCGGAGCGGCGCAGACUACUGUGUAGCAGCAUCAGGAUCUGACUGUGCCGCGUACCGUGCAAAUACGACUCGGUUCGGUAUGUGUUUUGAAACAUGAAAUAAUCAUACCGAAUCUUUUAUGAUUAAUCUCUUUUUUUUCGACGGACAAACUAAUAACUAAUCGAAAUAGCGGAAGCUUAUUUUUAUAUAAUUGUUGGAAUAAGUUUAGUUUCUAAGUUAAUAGUGACACAAUGAACUCUGUAGCGCUUAGAAUGGGUAGAAGGAAGAGGACAAAACAAACAGUGGAUAUGUUUAGAUGGAAAGAAGUGCAAGGAAAAAAACAGGUAAUAACAAAACCCGUGAUGAAGAAGUUAAUGUGAAUGCUUGUGGAAAGGAGAAUGCAACCAAGAAGCCGAGAGACUGUGUAUACACUAGUAUGCAUUUUUGCCGCAUAAUGUGACCAGUAGUGAAUACAAUGUGGAUAAGAAAACACACAAACAAUGCAAAAACAAAACAUUCAGAACACUUAAGGCAGAGUGAAGGAAGAAGGUUCGAAGGUCGAAUCAAUGCGCUAGAAGCUGUAUUGAUAAGCGAUUUAGAUUAACGUUUUACUUCGAACGAAUAGCGUCCAGUAAAUGAUCUGUGUGUCUGUGUGUGUUUGUGUGUGUGGUUGGCAUCCCGUAAUGGGCACCGUGGUUUCCGCUCAAAAUGCCGUUCAAUCCUCAAGCAAUAUUCAGCGAAGAUGACGAUGGAAUCGAUAUUUGUUCAACACUAGCAAUUAAUGGAUCGGUUUUACUUGAAACACAAAACAAGCAUGUUUUAAUUUUGUACAGUGACGGUAUCGUUUCGGUUUCGUGAACACCCUUUUUCAAGAUCUAUGUACUGUCCUUGGGGUGAUCGGGAACCCUCCGAGACACCGGGCAGUAGCUCAAUCGUAGAUCGUAUACAAGCAAUAAGUAUGAGCGCAGUUUGCAGGGUACAAUGGCACACAAUCCAUCACCCACUUGCCGUUGGCUGGAGAAGAAGGCCCAGUGUCAAGGAGUGUCAGUGUGAGAUGUGAGAUGAGUGCUCCAAAAUGUUGCAUUUGCCAUUCAUCUACCAUUCUACAGUAUUGUCGAUGUGUAUUGUUUAGAAAGUCACUUUUUGCUGUCCCGAUUCCCCCUUGCUACCGAAACGGGAAUGGUUUUGAUGUUUAAAAAUUCCUUUUCCGCUAUUUUAACUGUUCUAACAACGGGAUUAUCUUUAUUUCAAAUGUAGCACUUAAGAAACGCUAUGACACAAUACAAAAAAAAAGGGAAACAAUCUUUACAAGGUACGCUUAGCAGUUGGUUGUAAUCAAUUGUUUCCCUUUCUGGUUGCAACGCAAAACAAAAAAUAAGAAAAGAAAAACGUUGUGCUUAUUGUGCCCCGGGUGGUGUCAUCGCAAUCCCAUUGAAUAAAUUACGUCGAGCUUUUCUAACUAACUAACACAAACAAAGUAAACAAAAGAAAAACAUUAACAAAACGCGAUGAAGCAGAUUAAACAGUAUAAGUUUGCAAAACGGCAGAAAAACAAAUAAUCGAACAUGGUAAAAGAUAAGUGCGUUCGAAUCACCACAAUCAUAGCAUAUCGCGUAGCUGCAAAAACGAAAGUUGAUAAUUAAUUGAAGCAAAAAAAAAGAAGCAUUCAAACCGGUUUGUAAGAAACGAACACAUUUGUACAUACAUCCCCGAACAAUGCUCCUUUCCAUCUCCCCAGUGCAUCCUUCUUUCAUUUCAUUCCUGACUCACAACGCAUCAUUUAUCCUCGUGUCGUAGAAGAUAGGGAACUAAAAGAACAUACAAUUGUACUGUAAGUGGAACAUGACGAAGACUCAAUGUUGUCGUUUUUUGUUUUGUUUCUCCCUUUUCUAAACAAACAUCAUCCAAACACGAGAGUGGCAAGAAAGUUGAGGAAUGAUCUGUUUCUCAGUUAAUGGAGAACUGUGAUAAGUAAAAGGAGGCAGGUGUUCAUCUUUCUUCUGCUUCUGCUGUUUAGUUCGAACCAUUAGCACAGCCUCCCUUACAUUUUCACGUACAACGAGUAGUAAAAUUGAAAGCAGUAAUUAUCAGUAAUACCAAAACAAAACAAAACAAAAAAAUAUCGCCAUCCAUCUGUGAAACAUACGCGCACGUAACAAACAAUUUUAUAUGCAAGCUUUGUAUCGAAUGCCAUAUCCUGUGCGUGGUACGCCAUUAAAGCUAAACAAAACCCCCAAUCAAUGUACUUCCUUCCCUAGCGCAAUCAUCUCCAUCCAGUUCACUUGGAAUGUUUGUUUAAUUUUCUAACCAUCCCCACCCUAGAGCCGUACUAAACUUAACGAACUAACAAAACUAAACACACAGUACUAUACUAUCGCUUAACGUAACACAAGCUAGCGACAGCAAAAAUAAGCGGAAACAAACUAAUUGAAGAAGAAAAUAAAAACAGUCCAUUUGCAGUCCAAACAAGUGUAAAAAUAGCAAUCAGCAUACAGCUUACGGAAGUGAUUCUGUCCAAUUUAUAUACAUACACAUAUAGCCAGGUUAGUGACAGACAAACCCAACAGCUAAUUAACAAAAUGCAAACACAAACCUAUGGCAGCAAGCUAGAACUGGGGGGAAAAUACACUUAAACUACUAAUCGUAAGUGAUCCGAAAACGAACGAUUCAAACAACAUAACACACAAACCAACAAUAUGAAAAACGCAAAAGCAAAACAGACAAUGCUAUACAAGUUAAGAACAAAACAAACAAACGAACAACACGCGUACACAGAUAGUUAAACCGAUAUUAGUUUAAGCAAGGGUUCCAAAAUAGAGGAUAAUGAAAGUGGAAAACGAACAAAAGUAAGAAAAAUCCAAAUUUAAUGGUGAAAGGGGUUAAAAAGUACAGUUUAGCUGGUUUCUUGUGUUUUUUUUCAUCACUUUCCAAACCUGUUCUUUUAAUGAUAUCUUUGUAAAAAGUGGUAAACCAUCCGUUGACUCCUUACGAAGGACCUCGAAGGAUCCGGCACAUAUUCCUGGCACACUAUAAAUAGUUGUAAAACAAACAAAAAAAAACUCUUUCAUUAGCUCUGACCACCUAGUUGUGCGAUGUGUGUACUAAGUUGAACGAAAGUAUAGCUCGAAAAUGUGCAUUUAAGGUUAAUGAACAGAUGAAGCAAAAUAUAAACGAACUGAUUUUGGCGCAAGGGAGAAAGAGCGGCAACUAUUUAGCAAAAUGGGAAACAUGCAUCCACACUACUUAGCACACAUAUAUGCAACCGGAAGUACGAAAACAAAUAACAAUCAGUCGAAAGAGAGCAUAGAACAGGAAACAAUGGAAACACACAUACAUAUAUUACAAAACAAACAAAACGAAGACAAAAUAAGUGGAAUUAAUGAAACAGACGUGAUCGUGCGUGUGCGUGUGUGUGGGUGUAUAAGAUUCACCGUGGCAUGAAUAUGGUAGAAAAUUGUAUAAACCGAUGGUUGCAAAGGACUAGAAUAGUACAGUGGAAUAGUGAGCGCAAUUAAAACCGUCUGCAUACCACCACCAGAGUUGAUCAGCAAGCAAGCAGAAAACUAUAUCAAAUCCAAGGAGAGGAAAAAAUGGGAUGCAAAUGUUUAUGCUGUACGCCGGGAGAAAAACGAUUACUUUAAUGUGCACCAAUCGACAAAAGGCUCCCGGAAAAGCAUCUACUCAAUAAGAAGCACAGACGAAUCGAUACUUAAUGUUUUUACAGAUCACAGCUCAACAAUAAUGCCGAUGCUUAAAAUGGCUGCGGUAGGAUUGAAGCAGAAAGCAACACGAAACAAACAAAAACAGAAUCAGACUUCCGAUCCAAUUUAAAGUUAGCCAGUAGAGUGUGUAUGUGUGGCUGGGUGUAGAACAGGCAAGAAGGUCCGGUAACGGAGCACACAUGCAAAACCCAUGAGUGAAACAGAUCAGAUCGGAAUACAUCGUCGAUGCAUCAUUUACAAAAACAAGUGCGCACGUUGCCAUAGACCGAUAGAAAGACAAACAGAAAGGAUAAAAUGUACAGUUCCAGUAGUUUCAAACCGAAUGUUGUGUAAUUCAAAUUCUGCUGUGUAGGAGUUUCAAACAUUAACAUCCCAUCACGAUCAUCGUCACGAUCGUUAAACCAUCACUGAGUUGUAUGGAUGGAUUUAUCAUCUGAUCUGACAACAAGAGAAAAAAAAGAAAUGUCUAAAUCGUGGAUCAUAUCGGAUCUUUGCGUUUAUCAUGAUACACUAAACAAGAAAAAAAAGGAUAACACAUACGAACACAAGCACACAUACACCAUCACACAUUUUAAAGAAAGCCUCCUUUCCCUGCUCCCUGAAAUAUCAUCCCAGUAAGUAUGUGAGCCACUGUUGUGCAUGCUGUGAGUGAAGAUGGAAGAAAAAUGUGUAAGCAAACAAUAAUUCCAAUCCCAGCAAAUCACAGAAACAAAAAUAAAAAAAAAACACACACAGACAUUACGCGCGCGCGUUAAGGCAAAAAGGAUGUUUUUUGCGAAAACAUUAGUAAAUAAACAAUUGAUAAAUUGAUUAAGAAAAUAA